AUGUCUACCGAACCCCCCGUUGACCGUCUCGAGCUCGUCGCCCUUCGUGAGAAGGUCGCGACCAUCUCCGAAGAAAAUACAUUCGUCAACGAACUCAAUGACGACCUCACAUGGAAGAACGGGGAGCUUGGGAUCGAAAAUGAAGAUCUGAAGAAAAGCCUGGCGCUCGCCGAGGAGCGUCAGAAACGUUUCUUCGACUACUGGCGGUGUGCGGAAGAAGAGCUUACCAAGCAAAUUGAGCUCAACAAAGAGCUCAUGCAACAGCUCGAGGCUGAGAAGGCGAAGACCUCCAGCGCCGAGCAAAGCGAAAAGAUCCUUUUGGACGUUGAUGACUUGGCUGCUAACACUUUCCCAAGCGUUCAGAACAAUCAGCAAAUCGUGACCAUGAGUCAAUAA